AUGCAUAAGAUUAAUUACACAAAAAUAUGCGCAAAUUGUGCUCAAUUGCCGGAAAAUGCCUUUAACUUUGACAAAGAGUGCACCUGCUCUAUACCCUUUUACCUUCCGGAGAAAAUGGAGGAUAAUGUUCAUAUGUACUACAAAUUGUAUGGCUUCUAUCAGAAUAUCUAUCGAUAUAGUUGAUCCAGAAGUAAUAACCAACUGGUGGGUGAGGAUGUGAGGGAUGUUGAGGAUUGUGCUCCAUUCAAAGUAUUUCACCACGGUACUCCCAUUGUUCCUUGUGGUGCUAUUGCCAACAGCAUGUUCAAUGAUACCAUAAUUCUUUCAUACAAACUUAAUUCAUCUACGCAUAUAAGAGUCCCAAUGCUAAAGAAUGGACUUACAUGGUGGACAGAUAAAUAUGUCAAGUUUCAGAAUCCAAGCUUCGAUAGUCUUUCUGGCAAAUUUACAGGAAACACAAAGCCCCCAUACUGGCCUAAACCAAUUUAUGAUCUGGAUAGAAACAAUACAGAAAACAAUGGAUUCCUCAAUGAUGACUUCAUUGUCUGGAUGCGGACAGCUGCCUUUCCAACAUUCAAAAAACUGUACCGUAGACUCUAUCGAAUUCACUGUUUUACUGAAGGCUUGCCUGCUGGUAAUUACAGUUUCAACAUAUCCUAUAAUUUUCCAGUAACCAGGUUCCAUGGAGAAAAAUCUGUUGUUCUUUCCACCCUGACAUGGUGUGGAGGUGGUGGCUUUUUCUUAGGCGUUGCCUACACAGUGACAGGAGCUUUGACAUGGUUGGCCUCCUUUGCCUUAAUGGCAGUUCACUUGAUAUGGAAAAAAAAGAAAGUAACCUUACAACAGUAAAGUCAUGUUUUAAGAAGAAAAGCAGAAAACAGAAGUGGACAAUGAAGUAACAGAACCAAAAAUCUCUGACAUGGCUUGAAAUGACUGAGCUAUUUCAAGAAGGGGAACUGGAUUGACUGAACAAAUACAAUCCCAGACAAAUAAAUAAUGAGAAUUUCAGAGGUGGGGAGGGCUGAAAGCAGAGGAGGAAUAGGAAGAGGGGGGCAAGAAGGAGAGGGAAUAUUUGUGUGUAGUAAAAUGUUCUU